GGCCGCCGUCGGUUUGGACACAAUUUGUUGUAAGGCAUCGUGCCCAUUCCUUCGGUAGCCAUUCCUGGCGGCCGAAUUUGAAAUACGGGUCCCCAGAAGUUCGUAGCUUGAGUUGUGGCUCUGGGUAGGCAUGUGGUGAAAACUUCAGGCAUAUCCCUCAGGACGUGGCCGUAUGAUUGAUUGCGCCCGUCCUGGCCGAUCCGAGUCUGGAGCGUUACGCCGUCCGGCAAGCUGCCCGCUGGCGGUUCGCGUAAGCCUCGCGUAAGGCGUGGUGACGUCUACCUGGCCGGGGUCGAGCUUGCGACUCCGCGAGCAAAGCCUCACCCCGGACUUGCAUGUCAUUGAAGGGCAACCCUUCCGCUUGGCCUUGAUGCGGCAUCUACUCACCAUCAUUGGAGACCCGGAUACCCAGCUCAUGGACAUCGCCGCGGCGGGUUUCCACACAGGCGUCAACUACCCCAUCGAGUUCUCGGGCGUGUGGCGCCACGGGCAGCACCAGAACGCGGACGACCUCCAGCUUGAAUCUUUUGACACGAAUUGGAAGUCGGUCGAGGAAGACCCAGAGACGGCCUCACGUCUCAUCCAGGAAGAGAUCGACGCAGGCUUCGUCCGGGAGUUUCAAGGGACGCUGGAGCAAGCCCGUGCCAGGUGGCCAUCGGGGGUCGCCGUGGGCAAACUUGGCAUCGCCAGCUCGGACAACCGUGACCCCCGCCUCUGCCUGGACAGCACAGCUCCGCACGUCAACGACAAGGUGCAGCUAUACGAGAAGGCCUUCAACCCGUGCCUGGAGGACAUCGCGUCCGCAGAGGUCGUCCAGCACCCCUCUCCCGGGGUGGGGUUCACGGUCGAUGUCAGCAAGGCCCACAAGCGACUGAGGAUUCGAGAAGAAGAACGGGGUCUAGUGAUGUUUCAGCACCAACAGCGCUUGUACCACUACGUGGUGUGCCAUUUCGGCGGCAAGUUCAGUGCUGCCUGGUGGAGCCGGAUGGGGGCAGCCUUGAUACGACUGUGCCACCAUUUCAUCUUCGUCCAACACGGGGGCUGGCUUCACGUGGAUGACUUCUUGUUCCGGCUGGAGGAGCAAUCGGCGAUUCUGCUUGCCGUCAGCAUAUGUUGUUUCUUACACGUCCUCGGUUGCCCCAUAAGUUGGCACAAGGUGUCAUUCGGAAGGCAGGUCCGCUGGAUUGGCGUUGAGGUGAAUUUCUACGCCUGCUUCUGCCAAGUUCCGGAGGAGAAGCGGGCGAAAACACUCGACCUCAUUGCCAAGGUCAUCGGCAUGGGCGCGCGUCUCCCCCGCAAAGAGGUGGAAGGCCUAGUGGGCUUGCUCCUCUGGUUCACGGCGGCCUUGCCAGCGCUCCGGCCAUGGCUUUCGGAGUUCUACAGGGUCCUGGCCCGCCCAACCGCAUCGCUCAUUUCAUUGUCCCGGCUGCAGCUCGCGGAGGCCAUGCAGCUCGCAGAUGGUGCCUUCGUCAUGCGGGCGCAUGCGGCGCACAGCGGACUCAGGCAAGGCUGGCGCGUCAUCUCGGUGGGCGGCAAGGACGUGAGUUCGCCGCAGCAGGCCGCGGAGGUCCAACCGAACGUCCGGGGCAGGAUUUGGGCCAGAGUCCUGAAUCCGCGAAGCCGCAUCAUCGCGGCCCCCGAGGGCUUCGAUCGUACCCUGAUGGCCUGGGCGCGCACGCUGCGGGGCAUUCCGAUACAGGCAUCGUUCCGCCCUCCGCUGUCUCUCCCGGGCUGCGCGGCGGCGGACGCUUUCGCCAACGGCUCUGCCUGGGGCAUUGGGGGCUGGUGCUCCGCCGAGGCUUCAAACCCGUCCCCCGAUUCCUGCUGGUGGUUCGCUCUUCAGGGCAUUUCAGAUCUCCCACAGGAUUGGCAGUUGGGCCCAAAGGCGCAGCCGCUCAUCUCGUGCUUCGAGCUCCUGGCGCAGAUAGCUCUGCUGGUAUGCCGGCUGCGCUCCCCCGUGCCAGCGGCGGGCCGCAUUCUCCUCCGACAGGGAGCUGACAAUACCACCAGCGGUGCCGCCAUUAUGAAGGGAUUCACAGCAUCACAUCCUUUGCGGCAUUUUGUCCAACUGGCCACGAGAUGGUCCUCGAUAGCCAGGGCCAGGGUUAAGCUUGAAAUCGAUCACGUCCCAGGCGUGGACAACAAGUGGGCAGACGCUCUAAGCCGCAAUUUCGGCUGGAUCCAACACUUCUUCCCGAAGGACCAGCGCGUGCACAUCGACCUCUCGGACUUGCUCAGUCCUGGAGGGCGCGCGCACCUACAUCCAGAUCAUGAGCGGUGGCCGGGCCACCUGCGGUCCCUAGCUGCCGCGAGCUUGCGAUGGCACGUCCCGCAUAGUUUUUAAACCCUCAAGUCCUAGAUGCCGCGUGCAUCCUGGCAUAGCCGGGUGCUGAGCACAGGUCCGUCGGCCACCUCGCCCGAGCGCGGGCGGGGGAGAGGGGGGGCGAGCACGCCCGGGCUGCGGUGGCACGCGGGAGGGUAGAAACCUGACCGCUGCGCCAUUGCAGCGGCAACACCACCGCAGUAGAAAAGAGAGAUUCGGUACGCCUCUCUUCCUCCCCUCUCCUCCUAUCAACGGGCACCGACCCCGAGGGAUCGACCCUUUCCUUGAUUUUGGCAUCGCAAUUGUUUCGCGCCGGACGCUUUCGCCACCUGGGACCCUCGCAGAUCGAUCGGGCUCGAGUAAUAGAUCCGAAGGAUGGGGUCUGGG